AUGUAUUCAUUGCCAAUUGCUAUUGCAAACAAAACUAUUAUAGUUCUUCCCAAAUACUCAUACUUAUUGGUAAAAGAAGAAGAAUACUUGCCAGUCCCGAGAGCCUGUAAACAAAUUGCUUUGGACAACCAAUUCCUGUGCAAUAACGACGAUGUGCUGCUGCAUACAGAACAAAGCUACGAGGAACAGCUCAUGGAGUUUCAAGCAAACCUCGAUGCCUGUGAACAGCAUACUGUGGACAUUUAA